AUAAUUUUAAAUUUACAGGUUUUAUUGCAAUUGAUAAUUGAAUUUAAUCAGGUUGCGAGGUAAGAAACAUUCCACCAAAUAGAAGGGUUUUGGGUUUUAACUAUCCUUAGUUUGGAAUGUGCAUGGAGAGGUUUUAUUACAAUUGUAGAUCGAAUUUCAGUACGUUUUCAGUAUGAAGCAUUUCACAAGGGAUGCCGAACUCUACAGGAUCAGAUAAUUUGAAACUCAAGUCAUAUAACUCUACAUUUCAGUGCAUUCAAUUGUUUGAACUUCAAUGCCAUUAUUUCAUGGAUGAAAUGUGUGUUUUCUCCUAAAAUCUGAGUGGGAAACUCCAUUAGGUUUUGGUGUUAAAAUUUCAUAUCUGCUCUCUGUUCAUUUGGGUCGUCUUGUUGUUUACCGUGGAAAUGGGAAGCGACGAUGAAAGAGGGCUGGGGUCAUUGCAAAAGAAGGCGGAAGAUCAAUGGCGGAGAAGUGUGGAACACGCUCAGACUUAUCCAUAUGUCUGGGCUUCUUAUGCUGUGGUGUGGGGUGGACUCUCCAUUUACACUAUUAUUAGGUAUCGGAAACUCCGGCAGGUGGAGGACAGGGUCCGCGCGAUUCAGCACAAGCUCAAGCUGCUUGCUGAGGCAGAAGAAGCCGAACAAGUUAAAAAAGAUGCCCUAAACAAGCACAUCAAAUCUGCAGCUUCCAGUAAAGACCGCAGCGAAAAGUGAUUGCUUUUUUGUUCUUAUUUUUUCUCCAGAAGGUGAGAGACUCCUUUGCAAAGUGGGUUACAUUAUUAAGAUGAGUGAUGGCAACAUAUAGAUGAUUUUGUUGCACUUUUUGAGGGUUCUGUAGUGGUUUGAAUAUGUGAUUGCGAUAGCAAAGUUGCAGGAAAUUUGGAAUGUUUCAACUGUUUCAUUCCUGUUUUGAAUAUGGAGGUUGGCUACUGGAAGUUUUCUAUACCUUUUGUCAGGCGCAGAUUCCUAAAUACAAUACAAUCUUUAUCUGCUUCACCAUUGCUAGCUAUAUGCAUGAGCAGACUAAUGGCGAGGAAAUGAUUCAUCUUGAAUUUCUCAGUGCA